CAGUGGGGAAACGACUUGUGGGAGAGACUGUGUCCUACUUGUCGUUUCUCAAGGGUGCGUUUCCAAAAAGCAACGAGGAGAGUCUAUUUACGGGUUGGUGUGCAUUCCUCCGCUUCGUUGAACUCGGAGUUGAAAGAGCGGCGAAGGCGGCGGAAAGUUAGAUGGCGAACAUCGACAUCGAGGGGCUUUUGAAGGAGUUGCCUAACGAUGGGCGCGUACCGAAGACGAAGAUAGUGUGCACGCUGGGGCCAUCGUCGAGGUCGGUGCCGAUGUUGGAGAAGCUGCUGAGAGCGGGCAUGAACGUAGCCAGGUUCAACUUCUCCCAUGGGACACAUGAGUACCACCAGGAGACCCUAGACAACCUCAAGAUUGCCAUGCAGAACACACAGAUCCUCUCUGCCGUCAUGCUGGAUACCAAGGGCCCUGAGAUCCGCACAGGUUUCCUUAAGGAUGGAAAACCAAUCAAACUAAAGGAGGGUCAGGAAAUUACCAUCACUACUGAUUACAGCAUCAAGGGCGAUGAAAACAUGAUAUCUAUGAGUUACAAAAAGCUUCCUGUCGAUCUAAAACCCGGAAAUAUUAUCUUGUGCUCUGAUGGUACCAUAACCUUGACUGUCCUAUCAUGUGAUCCAGAAGCUGGAACUGUGAAAUGCUGCUGUCAGAAUACUGCAACUUUAGGUGAGAGGAAAAACGUCAAUCUUCCAGGUGUGGUUGUUGAUCUCCCAACCUUAACAGACAAAGAUAAGGAAGACAUCAUGGGAUGGGGUGUGCCAAACAACAUUGAUAUGAUUGCUGUGUCAUUUGUGCGCAAAGGUUCAGAUCUUGUCACCGUUCGGCAAUUUCUCGGGCCACAUGCAAAGAGCAUAAAGCUUAUGUCUAAGGUUGAGAACCAAGAAGGCGUCAUAAACUUUGACGAAAUCCUCAGGGAGACAGAUUCUUUCAUGGUCGCUCGAGGUGAUCUUGGAAUGGAGAUACCUGUCGAGAAGAUUUUUCUCGCACAAAAGAUGAUGAUUUACAAAUGCAACCUUGUCGGCAAACCUGUAGUAACUGCUACCCAAAUGCUCGAGUCAAUGAUCAAAACCCCUCGCCCAACACGUGCUGAGGCUACCGAUGUGGCAAAUGCCGUUCUAGACGGCACAGACUGUGUCAUGCUGAGCGGAGAAAGCGCAGCUGGCGCCUAUCCUGAGCUGGCAGUGAAGAUCAUGUCUCGGAUCUGCAUUGAAGCUGAGUCGUCCUUGGACUACACAGCAAUCUUUAAAGAGAUGAUAAGAUCUACUCCUCUGCCCAUGAGCCCCUUGGAGAGCCUUGCCUCAUCUGCAGUUCGGACAGCCAACAAGGCCAAGGCCAAAUUAGUCAUAGUCUUGACCCGCGGCGGGACUACAGCCAAGUUGGUUGCCAAAUAUCGACCCAGUGUCCCAAUCCUUUCCGUUGUGGUUCCUGUGCUGACCACAGACUCAUUGGAUUGGACUAUCAGCGACGAGUCACCUGCAAGGCAAAGCCUCAUCUACAGGGGGCUAAUUCCGGUACUGGCCGAGGGUUCUGUCAAGGCUACAGAUUCUGAGUCAACAGAGGUGAUCCUUGUGGCAGCACUUAAAUCAGCAGUAGAGAGGAAGCUCUGUGAACCAGGUGAUGCUGUAGUCGUACUCCAUCGUAUCGGCAUUGCUUCCGUCAUAAAGAUAUGCAUCGUCAAAUGAUCGACAAAUUGACCGGCCCCUGGUUCUGCAUUUUGUUUCCGAAGUCUACCCUGCCGGUUGUAGGCAAGAUUUUCAUAACAUACUGAGAUACUCUUCAGAGAGACUCCAUUUCGAUAAGUUGUUCUUCGUAAUAGCGUAUCUGAAAACCAUGCUUUGACGUGGCUUCAUGGCAUCUGAUGCUGAGUAUGCUUAGAUUGUUGCUUGUUUGUAUGGCUUUUGAAUUUAAACUUGACGAUACAAGUAUUAUCCUCUUUAA